ACUCUUCCUCAUUUAUUAAUAUUUGUAUUCAUCUUCGUCAUUUCAUUUCAGUCUCUGAGGGUAAUUAUUGGCUCCAUCGGACCAGGAUCAGAAUCUAAUCCGACGCAGAGAACUGAAGCGUAAAGAUGAUUUUUAUUGAACCAACACUUUUCUGUUCUGGUCUGAGAUGAAGGUUCGUGCGUGAGGAGCAGCUGAGCAGCGCGUCUGUGGAUCUUUUAUUAUUUCCUCACUUUGUGUGGCUGAGAAUGAAAAACAUGAGAAACGCGUCGUGGAGAAAUUUCUCUGAAGUUCUGUCAGAGCUGGACGGGACAGGUGAGGAAGAGGAGGAGGAGGAGGGAGGCGCACGGAGGGGCGGUGUGCGCGUCCUCGUCGGAUGCGUCCUCUUCCUGCUCAUCGUGUCCACGCUGCUCGGGAACACGCUCGUGUGCGCGGCCGUGGUGAAGUUCCGCCACCUGCGCUCCAAAGUCACCAACUUCUUCGUCAUCUCAUUGGCUGUUUCCGACCUGUGCGUGGCCGUGCUCGUGAUGCCGUGGGAGGCCAUCACCGAGGUCACAGGCACGUGGCUGUUCGGAAGCUUCUGUGGCGUGUGGAUCGCCUUCGACAUCAUGUGCUCCACCGCCUCCAUCCUCAACCUCUGCAUCAUCAGCGUUGACCGCUACUGGGCCAUCGCCAGCCCGUUCAAGUAUGAGCGGAAGAUGACCCACCGCGUGGCCUUCGUCAUGAUCGGGGUCGCGUGGACGCUGUCCAUCCUCAUCUCCUUCAUCCCAGUGCAGCUCAACUGGCACCAGGCGGGCGAGGAUGGCGAGAUGAUGGAGGAGGUGGUGGCAGUGAUGGCCGCCUUAACGAACAGCAGCAACGCCAGCACCAGGGCCAAGAGCUGUGUCGCCAACUUAAACAAAACCUACGCCAUAUCCUCGUCCUUCAUUAGCUUCUACAUCCCCGUGGUGAUCAUGAUCGCCACCUACACCCGCAUCUACCGGAUCGCUCAGACCCAAAUCCGCCGCAUCAUGUCUCUGGAGCGGGCGGCGGAGCAGGCCCAGAACCAAGGCCACAGCGUGAACCAGCAGCAGCAGCACAGGCCCAACGACGAGGCCUCGCUGAAGUCAUCGUUCAAGAAGGAAACCAAAGUCCUAAAGACGCUCUCCAUCAUUAUGGGCGUGUUCGUAUUCUGCUGGCUGCCGUUCUUCGUCCUCAACUGCACCGUCCCCUUCUGUGACCCGCCGUGCGUCAGCGACACCACCUUCACCGUCUUCGUCUGGUUCGGCUGGGCCAACUCGUCCCUCAACCCCGUCAUUUAUGCUUUUAACGCAGACUUCCGCCGGGCCUUCGCCACCAUUCUCGGCUGCAAUAGGAUCUGUUCAAACAACGCGGUGGAGGCCGUGAACUUCAGUAACGAGCUCGUUUCCUAUCAGCACGACACAACGCUCCACAAGGAGGCGCUGGUCCCUGCGCAACUGCAGCAGCAUCCGUGCAGUAUCCACGCUGGCUGUGACCACCUGGAGGACGUCAGCGCACAGUUUGACGAGGAGUCGCUCGUGUCUAACGGCUCUCGGAGCCACAACAGACUCCUGCUGCUUCCUGCUGCCGUCCAGCUCGAGGAUGACCCGGAGAUCUCCUUGGAAACGAUCACGCCGUUCACCCCGGUGGCCGGGCUGGAGAGUGACGCUCUGAUACCUGGACAGGUGCAGCAGGAUGGAUAGAACAGAACUGAACAGGACGUUUCACUGUGCCUCCUUCAAAAAUAAAAGAAUAAACCUCAGUUGGGAUGAAAUCGGACUUGUUCUCCGUAACAUUUACAGUUGGUUGAUUUGGAAUCAUUGAGAAUGUUUUAAGAAAAAACAUGAACAACCUAAAUUACUGAAUGUUUUUCUAUGGUUGUUGCUGGUUAAUUUUGGUGUUUGUUGAAACUGAAGCAGAUUUAGAUUUUAGAUCGACCUCACACACACAGGCUGGAUUUGAAUUAAAAGAUCUUGUCAGACAUUCAUCUUAAUUUAUUACAUGGAGAUAUUGAAUGUUUCCCUUAUUUAAUUUCUGUAUUAAUUUUUGAGAAAAUACAGUGGAUCAAGGAAACAGGUCCUCGAACCUGAAUUAUUACAGUAAACACCGACAGGAUCGUCCUUUUAAACAGCCACCCUGUAUUACUCGUCG